AUGAAAACCACGCGUACCUUCUGGCCUCCUGAUGGAUCCGGCGGUCUCAGUUUGUACACGAUUCUCUUUGUCCUUUCGGUGAACAUCAUCCCAAUCAUCGCGAAGGCGGACACAAUGACGGUGGAGGAGUGUCGUCUCUUCAAGACCGCUGUGCAGAGCCAGCUGCUUCGCGAAGACAUACACACAUACGAUUUCCCACUUUCCGCUAUUCCUGAGACCUCUUCCGUUGCUGCUGCCACAUCCAAUAGUCGUAUUGCCGAGGUGAAACGUCUACGGUUGCGACAACCCUUUGCCGUCUGCACCAGCUCGCAUGUCAUCACGAAGGAGGAUGGCUCGAAGUUGAAGAAUGUAGGAGUAGAUUACUGUGGAACCUGA